AUGAAAGUUGUUGCCAAUGCUACUACCGCUCAACUUCGAUCAAAGCCACUGGUUCAAACGGAGUUACUCGGUGGUGUCUUCCUUGCUCCUCAGGACGCAUUGACCGCAUCAGAUGAUUUUCGAGGCACAACAGGUGAACUUCUGAUCACUGAGAGUCCGUACGCCCUCCGGGUCAGAUCGAGGGCAUACUCUACGAAGUCAUCCUCGAUUCUAGCGACAAUGGGUGUCGCUCCUUACAGAAUCUCUCAUUUCAUCGAGCAUCUGAGCCAUAUCCAGGAUAGUACAGGUUUCUCGUCAAAGACAGGAGCAUGGCACUCCCGUGUGGCAAGGCUUCUCUACAAACAUUUCUCAGAUAGAAAGUAUUGGUCAACAGAAUAUUUGGCCUUCAAAGCACUUCGAAUCAUCCUGCUUGAAGGUGGCUCAUGGGUCUCUGGUGAUUGGUGCCAGGUCAUCAACGUCUUUUUACAUCAGAAUCACCGUAUGUCCCUCCCAUCUGGACUCGACGUUUGCUUCGUACAGUCAUGUGUUGCCGGUGAUCGCUACCGCAACAAGCUCUACCGCCUAUCAGGAGUCAAACCAUCUGAUGCGACUGAGAUAUGCAGAAUGAUAGUCCGGUCUCACGCAACAGCCAGGACCUGGAGGCCGAAAGACAUCAUUGCACAUGCGGUGUAUCUCUUCCAUGCUCGCUAUUGGCGUCAAUUUGGCUACCCACUCAGCAUUUGCCUCGUUGACUCUAAGCUCACUAUUCGAUAUCAGGAGAAAGGUCAGCUUCCAUUCGGCACAGAAGGAAGGGCCGUCAGACGGCUUUUUUCAGAUGACUUCAGUGAUGUUUUAUGGCUACAUACAGACUACGAAGACGCAAUCGCAGGUCACGAGAGUCAAGACUGGUGUCGAUUCCUGUCCUCAUUAGAAGGAGUGGUUGUGUUGCCUCCCUUGCUGUCGAAUGGACGACUAUCAAACGCAAUGAGACAUAUACUGGCGAAAAACGGCUCAACUUGGAACAGCUCCGGUCUCUGA